UCGCACAUAGCAGUCGUUCCUCGAAAAAAAAAGAGGACACAACGGAUGUGCCCAGGACCAGCCACCAACUGCCGCCUCACGGCGCAGCCGCCGACCGCUGCCGCGCCGGCCACCGGCCACCUGCGCAAAUCAGUGCCUCCCUGGGUCCCUCCCACCCCUCGUCUAGACGGCCCACCAGCGAGUUAGCCAGUCAGCCGAUGAGCCGAGAGCAAAACCGGCAACGGCGACAGUAGUGGACGGCGGGGACUGGGAGGCAACUCCUUCUCCAAUCCAUCUGAAAUUCGGAAUCCCUGCAAGUGGUGCGCAAUGAUGUGGCAGGCCACCUGCUUCUACUCGCAGACAGCGGUGGGCCCGUUCCGGGCGUGCUGCGUCUCUUUGUCCACGUUCUACAGCAGGACGAUAGUGGAGUGCCCCCACUGCACCUGCGGCGCCUGCCCAGCUGGGACCUCCACAGCGCCGCAGUGCCAGGACGCCGAGAUCCGCUGCACCGGGCACAUGUGCCCGAUAAGGGUGCACUGGCACGUCAAGAAGAGCUACACCGAGUACUGGCGGGUGAAGCUGUCGAUCAACAAUUUCAACAGGUUCAAGAACUACAGUGACUGGAACAUCGUCGUCCAGCACCCGAGUCUACAGGAGUUGACCCAAGUUUUCAGCUUCGCCUACGAGCCGCUUGUGCAGCGCGGCACGAUCAACGACACAGGCCUCUUCUGGGGGCUCCCACGCUUCAACCAGAUGUUGCCCCAGGAUGGUACUGUGCAGACAGAGGUCCUGCUGAGGAAGGGCAAGGAUUUUAGCUUUUCUGGUGGGUGGGCACUGCCUAGAAAGAUAUACUUCGACGGCAGCGAGUGCGCGAUGCCGCCACCAGACGACUUCCCCCAGCUGCCCAGCAGCAGCCCUGUUCAGCGCUUCUCAGGAGGGCACAGGUGGCUGGCCUCAGGGGCCGUCUUGGUGCUUGGACUUCUGCUGACUUGAGCAGCUCUGGCGCCGCCCCCGGGAACGAGACGUCAUCGACAUCUUCGUUGCAGGUCUUCGGGCGAUGGCUCUCUGCUUGGCGCCUCCACUUCCUCCACCACCUCCAGAGCCGGAUUAGGCACUUGAUACCGACGCGCUGAGGCAUGGCAAGGCCACUUGAGGCGGCUCCCUUGGCAUGUGCCUCCUUUUUUUGAACAAUAUUGUCCUAUGUUUGUGUACUCUGUAUGUGUGGUGUGAAUAUUUUUGUUGGAUGCUUAUGACUAUGGUGGUUUGCUUGGAUGCAUUUUCAUGUAGUUUUGGUUGUCAACACCAUAGUGACUACUCAUAUGGUGUGACUCUUUUUGUUGGAUGCUCAUGACUAUGUUUGUGUACUCUGUA